CGGCAGAGAAGUUGGGUUUCUCUUUUGUGUUGUUUGGACUUUGGCAGGCAGUGUGGUGACUGACUGUCUAUCUGUCUGUCGUGGGCGGCUCACUCGCUCCUCUCCUCUCGUCUCUCGUCUCUCUAUCAACUAAGAAGAAGAAUAAUAGUAUUAUGGGAGAGAGGAUCCCAUCUGGGAAUGGGAAUGGGAAUGGGAGUAGUUAUUUCCAGUUCCAUCCUCAUCCUGGUCCUGGUCCUGUUGGACUUCCCCCUUCUCCUAUCAGGUCCUCCGAUCAUCGCGAAAGAUACAUGGCUGAACUAUUAGCAGAAAGGCAAAAGCUUGGUCCCUUUUUGCAAGUUCUCCCACAAUGUACCAGGCUCUUAACUCAAGAAAUCAGACGCAUAUCAGGGGGCUUCAAUCAACCUACUUUUGCCGAACAUGAAAGAUUUGAGCCAGAUAGUCCAUUUAGGCCCUUAGCUCAACAUCCAAAUACUAUGCCAAUGGAUAUGGAAGGAUGGCCCACUGUACCUAGAGAGUUCUCCGUGCAGGAUAAUAGAAAUUUCCAAAGAAUGGGACCCUUUCAAGCACCACCAGUGGGUUGGCAUGGGACACAAGGAAUUCCGACAACUCCGAUUGUGAAGAGAGUUAUCAGGCUUGAUGUCCCUGUUGACAAAUAUCCAACUCAGUAUAAUUUUGUUGGUCGAAUUCUGGGACCUCGCGGGAACUCAUUGAAAAGAGUGGAAGCCAUGACAGAAUGUAGGGUUUACAUCCGAGGCUGUGGCUCUGUGAAGGAUUCUAUAAAGGAAGAGAAGCUUAAAGAUAAACCUGGGUAUGAGCACCUUAAAGAGCCAUUGCACUUGUUGGUGGAGGCAGAGUUUCCAGAGGAUAUAAUCAAUUCACGGUUGGACCAUGCUGUGGCAGUACUAGAAAAUCUUUUGAAGCCUGUGGAUGAAUCACUUGAUCACUACAAGAAGCAGCAAUUGAGGGAGUUAGCUAUGAUCAAUGGUACUUUGAGGGAGGAAAGUCCAAGCAUGAGCCCUAGUAUGAGUCCAAGUAUGUCACCUUUCAAUAGUAAUGGAAUGAAACGUGCCAAGACAGGAAGAUGACCCCAGUAUGUUAACGGAAGAUCUUACAUUUUUCUCAAGCUACUUAUUACCAUCUGAUUUAGAAUUUGUGGCGGCCUUUAUGCUGAUUUUAUUCACCAGAAACACCUUUGGAACCGAAUCUCCUCAACCUGCUUGCAGGGAUGGUCGAUGGUUUAUCCGCUUAAUUUCUCUAUUUCAUUUUGACGUCUAUUCUUUGGUGUAUUAACCGCUAGAAUAUUGACCGUCGUAUUGCUAAGUUAUAGUACAGUAUUAACUAAGUUUCCGGUGCUACUUAGUAGCAUACCCUAGUUUGAUACUUUUUUUUUCAUUAAAAAUUUGCAUUGUUAAAUUAUUUAAUUUCUUACAUGUGUAUAUCUAAAUAUGCAUGGUAUUGACUCUUGGUAGAAAUAAAACAAAUGUAUUAGUGGCUUUGAUUGUAUUGUGACAUCAAUAAUGUUGACAUUGGUCAAUGGUUGUUAUUUUGUUUUAUUAUUUAAGAGUAUGCAAGUGACUGCUGCAGUAGCUUUAUGUACCGUAAUUUGAUCGUGGAAUAUGAAUAAGAAUGCUGUAUUUAUCAUCAAA